CAAUGAGGAAGGCACAGAAAGCAACAGCAUGCAUGCAUCCCAAGUUCCCCCGGUUUGAGGCACCUUGUCAAUUUUUUUUAGCCAGGGGUUGUCUCCAGUGAGAUGUAUAAGAAACUGGCGCAGCUAACUUUUUAACAUUAUCUCACCUUACAGAAGAACAUGGACCACCUAUCCAGUACGAGAACAUGGGGCAUCAGCUAUUCAUUUAGCCUAUUCAGUCCAAUUGUUUUACAACGCAUGCAUGAGUAGUAGUGAUGAUGAAGAUGUUCUAUGCACCGUUUCUCUUACCGGAGUACCUCACAGCAUUACUAUUCUAAAUCACCUACCCAACAGUACAGGUCUUACUUGCAUUAUUAAAGUAAAACAGUAAGGGGUGGACUCGAACUUGUUGCUUCUUCAGAAAGAGCUGAACCUCAUUGUUGUGGAUUUUAAUAGUGUGCAGUAACAAUGUGCGCAGCUAAGACUCCACAUUGCCUUUGUCUUUUGUGGUAUAGAAACUAUUGCUAGAUUCAUUUAGCACGUAUCUGUACUGGAGGAGGUGGAUAAAUGUGUUCUUACAGCAGACGGUGCAGUGGCAGCUAUGUUUCAAUGAUAUCUGUUCCGGAAAAGAAAACAUUGGUAGAAGGUGCAACAGGGUUUUGCAGCUACUGUUUCACUCCAGGUAGAUACAUUUUGACUCCCUCACACUGAAUCACAACGGUGGGUUUGUUUAUGCAGUAGUGUCCUGCGUGAAUACGGACUACACUGAGACGUAUAUGGUAACUGCAGACAACUGAGAGAUGAAGUGGGUGUACGCUGCAAAGAAAACUGAUAAACCUGCAUGGUCGUGAAAAAUCUGAGAAGCACGGAAUUAUCCUUUUUGUAAAAGAUCGGUAGGCGCAUUUCAACCCUGACAUCCAUUUGAGGCUGCUGUGCUAUGCUCGCCCCAUGACUGAUGGGUCUGAUAUUGUUGCCCUGUUCCACAUGUGCCUUUCCACCACUGCAUAACUAACUUGAGUGGCAUUACACGGAGCUAGCUACUUGGUGACAUUUAGAAUGGCGGCUGGAGUGGCGGCUUGGCUCCCCUUUGCCCGGGCGGCGGCAAUAGGCUGGAUGCCAGUGGCCAGUGCGCCCAUGCCAGUACCCCCUAAGGAAAGGAAGCGCACACAAGAUACACUCAUCAUCCUGAAUGUAAGCGGUGUCAAGUUCCAGACUUGGAGGAAUACUCUAGAGAGGUACCCGGACACCCUACUGGGCAGCACGGAAAAGGACUUCUUCUACAAUGAGGAGACUAGCGAGUACUUCUUUGACAGGGACCCGGACAUCUUCAGGAAUAUCCUGAACUUCUAUCGCACUGGCAAGCUCCACUAUCCAAGGAAUGAGUGCAUAUCUGCCUAUGAUGAGGAGCUGGCAUUUUUCGGCAUCAUUCCUGAGAUAAUUGGCGAUUGUUGCUAUGAAGAGUAUAAGGACAGGAGACGGGAAAAUGCCGAGCGCCUCCUGGAUGAUGCGGAUGAGAACUCGGGCGAGGGGUCUCCCCUCCCUUCAAUGACGCUGCGGCAGAGUAUGUGGCGGGCUUUUGAAAACCCACACACCAGCACGCCGGCUUUGGUGUUCUACUAUGUCACUGGCUUCUUCAUUGCUGUCUCUGUUAUUGCCAACGUGGUGGAGACGGUACCCUGUGGUAUCUCAUUGGAUGUAACAAAGGAGUUGCCCUGUGGAGAGCGGUACUCUCUGGCCUUCUUUUGCUUGGAUACAGCCUGUGUGAUGAUCUUUACCGUUGAGUACCUGUUACGCUUAGUGGCUGCGCCCAGUCGCUAUAAAUUUGUGCGCAGUGUCAUGAGCAUUAUUGAUGUAGUGGCGAUCAUGCCAUACUAUAUCGGUCUGGUCAUGUCUGAAAACGAGGAUGUCAGUGGUGCUUUUGUGACCUUGAGGGUCUUCAGAGUCUUUCGGAUUUUUAAAUUCUCCCGCCACUCGCAGGGGCUACGUAUUUUGGGUUACACGCUGAAGAGUUGUGCGUCGGAAUUGGGAUUUCUACUGUUUUCUCUCACCAUGGCCAUCAUAAUUUUUGCAACAGUGAUGUUCUAUGCAGAGAAGGGGUCCACAGCCAGUAAGUUUACCAGUAUCCCUGCUGCCUUCUGGUACACCAUUGUGACCAUGACAACAUUGGGGUAAGU